AUGAAAGGAGGAAGAACGGGAGAGAAACGACUUCCUCUGACGCAGAUUCAUCUGGAUCUAAGAAACUUUAGACAGUCCAGACGACAGGGACCGGUCUACAGCAGGUCUGAGUCUGGGACAGUCCAGGCGACAGGGACCGGUCUACAGCAGCUCACCCUCUGUUUCUCACCCUCUGCAUCUCACCGUCUGUUUCUCACCCUCUGUUUCUCACCCUCUGCAUCUCACCCUCUGUAUCUCACCCACUGUAUCUCACCCUCUGUAUCUCACCCACUGUUUCUCACCCUGUUUCUCACCCUCUGUUUCUCACCCUCUGUUUCUCACCCUCUGUAUCUCACCCUCUGUAUCUCACCCUCUGUAUCUCACCCUCUGCAUCUCACCCUCUGUAGCUCACCUUCUGUAUCUCACCCUCUGCAUCUCACCCUCUGUAUCUCACCCUCUGUAUCUCACCCUCUGUAUAUCACCCUCUGCAUCUCACCCUCUGCAUCUCACCCUCUGUAUCUCACCCUCUGUAUCGCACCCUCUGUUUCUCACCCUCUGUUUCUCACCCUCUGUUUCUCACCCUCUGUAUCUCACCCUCUGUAUCUCACCCUCUGCAUCUCACCCUCUGUAGCUCACCCUCUGUAUCUCACCCUCUGCAUCUCACCCUCUGUAUCUCACCCUCUGUAUAUCACCCUCUGCAUCUCACCCUCUGCAUCUCACCCUCUGUAUCUCACCCUCUGUAUUGCACCCUCUGUAUAUCACCCUCUGUUUCUCACCCUCUGUAUGUCACCCUCUGUAGCUCACCCUCUGUAUCUCACCCGCUGUGUCUCACCCUCUGUAUCUCACCCUCUGUAUAUCACCCUCUGUAGCUCACCCUCUGUAUCUCACCCUCUGUAUCUCACCCUCUGUAUCUCACCCGCUGUGUCUCACCCUCUGUGUCUCACCCUCUGUUUCUCACCCUCUGUAUCUCACCCUCUGUAUCUCACCCUCUGUAUCUCACCCUCUGUUUCUCACCCUCUGUAUCUCACCCUCUGUUUCUCACCCUCUGUAUCUCACCCUCUGUUUCUCACCCUCUGUAUCUCACCCUCUGUUUCUCACCCUCUGUAUCUCACCCUCUGUUUCUCACCCUCUGUAGGUCACCCUCUGUAUCUCAGCUCAUGCAACCAGCUGCUCACUGCUCUCUCCAAACGAGCUGGAGACACGUUCAAAACACUGCAGCACAGGUACGGACUGCAACACAGGUACGGACUGCAGCACAGGUACGGACUGCAACACAGGUACGGACUGCAGCACAGGUACGGACUGCAGCACAGGUACGGACUGCAGCACAGGUACAGACUGCAGCACAGGUACAGACUGCAGCACAGGUACAGACUGCAGCACAGGUACGGGCUGCAGCAAAGAGAGGACCCGCCUCUCUUAGCCAAUCAGCUCUCAGCCAAUCUGCUCUCAGCCAAUCAGCUCUCAGCCAAUCAGCUCUCAGCCAAUCAGCUCUCAGCCAAUCAGCUCUUGGCCAAUCAGCUCUCAGCCAAUCAGCUCUCAGCCAAUCAGCUCUCAGCCAAUCAGCUCUUGGCCAAUCAGCUCUCAGCCAAUCAGCACUCAGCCAAUCAGCUCUCGGCAAAUCAGCUCUCAGCCAAUCAGUUCUUGGCCAAUCAGCUCUCAGCCAAUCAGCUCUCAGCCAAUCAGCUCUCAGCCAAUCUGCUCUCAGCCAAUCAGCUCUCAGCCAAUCAGCUCUUGGCCAAUCAGCUCUCAGCCAAUCAGCACUCAGCCAAUCAGCUCUCGGCAAAUCAGCUCUCAGCCAAUCUGCUCUCAGCCAAUCAGCUCUCAGCCAAUCAGCUCUCAGCCAAUCAGCUCUUGGCCAAUCAGCUCUCAGCCAAUCAGCACUCAGCCAAUCAGCUCUCGGCAAAUCAGCUCUCAGCCAAUCAGUUCUUGGCCAAUCAGCUCUCAGCCAAUCAGCUCUCAGCCAAUCAGCUCUCAGCCAAUCAGCUCUCAGCCAAUCAGCUCUCAGCCAAUCAGCUCUCAGCCAAUCAGCUGUUGGCCAAUCAGCUCUCAGCCAAUCAGCACUCAGCCAAUCAGCUCUCGGCAAAUCAGCUCUCAGCCAAUCAGCUCUCAGCCAAUCAGCUCUUGGCCAAUCAGCUCUCAGCCAAUCUGCUCUCAGCCAAUCAGACUCACAGGGAUCUUUCUGAGUCCACGUGUCACUGA